AUGUCUCAUAUUUUUCAAAAAAAUGAUUCAAUUGAUGGGAUUUUGUAUGAUACUUAUGUGAUCGAUGAUAUCGUCAAUUUUGAAAGAACUUAUUGCCAACCUCUUUCAGAUAUGAAUCCAUCUGAUUCAGAAGGGAAGAACUUGUAUAAAUAUCUUAAUUUCAAUUCAAACAUGGAUUUGAUUCACACUCCAUUUGUAUCAUUCAUAGCUGCUCUUGGGUUCUUGAUUUAUGGAGGAAGAUUAUUCUUCAUGCUUCGAAGGUUUCCUAUUGAAUCUAAAGGAAGAAGGAAGAAACUUCAUGAGGUUGGAUCUGUGACAGCAAUAUGCUUUACCUGCUUUGUUGUAAGAUGCAUUGUGGAUGUUGUGUCGGCUUUUGAUUCGGAGGUGUCAUUGGAUGUUCUUGAUCAUCCGGUCCUAAACUUGAUCUUUUACAUGUUAGUUGAGAUCUUGCCUUCGGCUCUUGUGUUGUAUAUUCUAAGGAAGCUGCCUCCGAAGAGAGUUUCUGCACAAUAUCAACCUAUUCGUUAA